CGUAACCAUCAGCCUGAGGAAGAACUACAAAACCACAGAUGUAGCAGCAUUUUUUCUGCUCCCAGUUGUGAAGGAAGAUUAAGUAAGAGGCUGGUCAGUGUGAACUGGGAGGAAACUGCUGCAAGGAGACACAAAUUGCACAACAACAUGGACCUGAGACUAUGAGCAGAGACCUCUUACUCUACCUGGAGCAAAAGAAGCAAAAGGAGUAAAAGGAGACUUCAGAAAGAGAAUGCUCAGUUUCAGGCUCGCCUACAUCUUCUCAUAUAACCUGUUCCAGUUCUGUGGACACACAUGGAUCCUGGCUAAUACCAUAGCCAGGUUUCUCACAUUUGGUCAAGAUGCCUUAGCUGACACAUUCUACUCUGUUGGCUUUAUGAUGAGUCUGUGCCAGCUGCUCUCAAUCCUGGAGCUUUUCCAUAUUGCAGAUGGGAUUGAGAAAGCCAGACUCCUCCCUCGCUUCAUCCAGGUCAUGGAGAAGAACUUCCUGCUGAUCAUGGUCAUCAUGUUGGAGGAGAUCCAGAGUAAACCAGUGGUGUGUGCUCAGCUCUUCUUGUGGAACAUUGUGGACCUGCUACGGUACCCACAUGAGCUGCUGUGUGUAAUGGACACACCCUCCACCGCCAUGCUGUGGAUCCGUUACACGCUCUGGAUCCCCUUAUACAUCCUGUCAGUGGCCACUGAAGGUGUCACUAUAUACCAGGCCCUGCCUUACUUGGAGCCAACAGCACCAGUCUCUUCCUCUCUGAAUUCAACAGUGUCAGCACACCUUCACCUCCCCUCGGUCCUGAUGGUCUACCUGCCUGUCCUGGCUCUUGGUGAGAUGUUAGCCAGCAUUCAGAUUGAAAACAGCACAGUGUACAUUAGAGAGGACAGUUUGAGUUUGAGGGCUUAUCUGACACCAAAACACUGUACAGCAUUUUAAAAUUCUAAAUAUAGGAGGUUAUUACCCCGUGUAAAUGGUAAAUGGUAAAUGGACUGUACUUGUAUAGCGCUUUUCUAGUCUUCCGACCACUCAAAGCGCUUUUACAUUACUAAUCAUUCACCCUUUCACAUCCAUUCAUACACUGAUGACAGGAGCUACCAUGCAAGGUGCCACCUGACCAUCAGGACUCUAACUAACAUUCAUACACAUACAUACA